AUGGCUCAAACGGACGACUAUGUACUUGGGCGGAGUUAUUCUGAGGGCUUAAGACUAGAAACUCAACAUCUCUUGUUCAACAUCCACAAUGGCUCGACCAUGAAUACCAAGAUACCCGUUACUCCCGAGAGUAAGGUUGCAGAUAUUGGCACUGGAACAGGGGUGUGGCUCUUGGAUAUGGCUACCCAGGUACCCCCAACGGUACAGCUCGACGGUUUCGAUAUCUCAGACGAACAAUUUCCUCACGAAUCAAACGUGCCAUCCAACGUUCAUUUCAGAAUUGCCGAUGCUUUUUCCAAAGUCCCCGAUGACUGUUUCGAGAAAUAUGACAUUGUUCAUAUUCGAUAUUUUUGCUGUAUAGUCAGGGGAGGUAAUCCAGAGAAGAUCGUUCAACAUGCGUUGGAUCUGUUAAAGCCCGGAGGUUACUUACAGUGGGAUGACGGUGAUCUUAGUCCCGAGGGGCUGUUCAUCAAGGGGGCCGAAGCCGAGGCGUUUGCUACUUUUGCUCGCCAAGCAACUAGCGCUUUGAAUUUUAUCUUCUCAUGGGUAAGGGAUCUCCCGAAGUACGCACAGACAGCCGGCUUGGAAGUAUUGGACUUUAGAAGAGAAAAGUGGCCCAAGGCCUUGGUUCCGACGGCGACUAGAACCUUCAUUCUGGGACAUAUUGCAGGCAUCGGUGCCCUUUAUACCAUCGGCCACGAGUCUCUUCCCCCACGGGAACAAGCUGAUGCACUGUUGGUGGAUUUGAUUGGCUCCAUCAGGAAGGGCGGGGUGUAUGUGCACACGCCAGUACAUUUGCUUGCUCGAAAGCCCGCCUGA